CCCGCCAAAACCAUUUCGUCUUCCAUCAUUCUCUGUUUCUUGAAUAACAGCAGCUCUCAGUUUCUUGAUUUUGCUUCAAUGGCGAUCAAAUUCCGUACACUCUCACUCACCGUCCUCCUCCUUGUGCUCAUCUCCUUGAUCAUGCUCCCCGACGGCGUUGUUUCCCUCACACCCCGAGAGUACGAUUCGAUGCAGCGAGUGCUCCGAGGCCACGGCUACAACCUGAUGUGCAACGCCAUGGCGACGUCAGAUCUCCAGUGGAUGCUCCUCACGUUCCCGGCGAACGCGUCCUUCACGAUCUUCGCUCCCACCGACGCCUCCCUCUUCGCGCUAGACAUGAUCCAAACCGCGUCGUCCUACACCGACACCCUCCGCUUCCACGUCGUCCCUCUCCGCCUCUCGCUCUCCAACCUCCGCUCGCUCGCCGCUGGCUCCUUCCUCCCCACGCUCCUUCCCUCCAGCGCUCUCCGCCUUGUCUCCCCCCGCCCCCUCUCCGUCUCCGGAGUCGACGUCGUUUUGCCAGGCCUCUUCUACUCCCGCCACCUGGCGGUUCACGGCCUCGGCGGCAUUCUCAGCCUCGCCUCUCUCGUUCCCUACGGUUCCUCCCACUCGCCGGUUCCAAAGGUCGAGCCCAUGUCCACGUCUGACUUCAACGGUACGGAUCUCUCUCCGGUGAUCGCACCUUCUUCGGUGAAUACUGGAUCUCCGUCUAUAUCACCGGCGUUUGUUUCGGAGGACGAAAUUUCUCCAGCGCCGGCUGCACCUUCGCCUUUGUCGGCCAAUUCGGUGGCGGAGAGAGCUAGGGUUUUGUUGAUGGAGAUUAAUGCAGACACAGAUCAUGAGAAAUCGAAGUCGAUCUUCGACGCCGGUGAGAUCUUUGGCAGCGAAUCUCCACCGUUGAUGAUGGAAGCGCGACCUGAGGAAGUUAAUACGCUGGAGAAAUGUGGAGCGUUGGAUGAGAUGACCAUCGACUGCUUUGUGCCAGAAGGAGCUGCUGGAUUGGACCACAUCAGCGUUCAUCAUGUGGUUCGUGUUUCGACCUGAUCGCCACGUGGUCAAAUCUUGACGGUCCCUGGCCAUGUUGUGCAGACU